AUGGUGCCUCGGGGGUACCGGGAGGUCUUGCUAGGAAUCACCGGCAAGGACUUUACCCUCAUCGCCGCCUCCAAAGCCGCCAUGCGUGGCGCCACCAUCCUCAAGGCGUCCGACGACAAGACCCGAGUACUCAACACACACACGCUGAUGGCCUUCUCUGGAGAAGCCGGCGAUACGGUCCAAUUCGCCGAAUACAUCCAGGCAAACGUACAAUUAUACUCGAUGCGCAACAACAUGGAGCUGUCACCCGCUGCAACUGCCAACUUCGUCCGAGGAGAACUGGCGUCGGCGCUGCGAUCAAGAAAACCAUACACGGUCAACUUGCUCCUGGGUGGAUACGACACGAUUGCCGACAAGCCAACUCUCUACUGGAUCGACUACUUGGCGAGUCAAGCACCGCUCCCAUACGCCGCACAUGGAUACGCACAGUACUACUGCCUCUCUCUGCUCGACAAGCAUCACCAUCCUGACAUCGACUACGAACAAGGCAUGAAGAUCCUGCGUAUGUGCACCGAGGAGCUGAAGCGACGUCUUCCGAUCGAUUUCAAGGGCGUACUGGUCAAGGUCAUAACAAAGGAUGGCAUCAAAGACGUGGAGUACGAAGACGACGUAAAGGUUGCGAUCCCAUAG